AUAAACAACAUGGCUGCGUCCCUACAGCGCCUCACGUCUGCCGGGAGAUACCUCCUUCAAAGACACUUACUGAAGACAAAUUCUUUAAGCAGGCUCCCAGCCGGAGCGCACAGACUGCUGUCCACCCAGGCUGCUCAGCAGGUGGCCCUCAACGUCCCCGAGACCAAGGUGACCACUUUAGAGAACGGACUCCGGGUGGCCUCUGAGGACGCUGGCCUUACCACCUGCACAGUGGGCCUCUGGAUAGACGCUGGCAGUCGCUACGAGAACGAGAGAAAUAAUGGCACAGCACAUUUCCUGGAACAUAUGGCGUUUAAGGGCACCAGGAAGCGCUCCCAGCUGGAUCUGGAGUUGGAGAUUGAGAACAUGGGGGCUCACCUGAACGCCUACACGUCCCGAGAGCAAACUGUGUACUACGCCAAAGCUUUCUCGAAAGAUCUUCCACGAGCUGUGGAAAUCCUGGCUGACAUCAUCCAGAACAGCACACUGGGCGAGGCAGAGAUCGAGAGGGAGCGAGGGGUGAUCCUCAGAGAGAUGCAGGAAGUAGAGACCAAUCUGCAGGAAGUGGUCUUUGAUUACCUGCACGCUACUGCGUACCAGUCCACAGCUCUGGGCAGGACCAUCCUGGGCCCCACAGAAAACAUCAAGACGAUCAACAGAGGAGACCUGGUGGAGUACAUCACUACUCACUACAAAGGCCCCAGGAUAGUGCUGGCUGCUGCUGGAGGUCAGAGCUCUUAA